CACACUACUCAAAUUUGGUACAUCUUUAUUUUUACACAAUAACUUAGUUUUCAGAACUGUGAAAAUUAAGAAAAAAUCUUUAAAAGAGGUUUCUAAGCUCCUUAUAAAAUAAAUAAUAAAAUAUUCCCAGAAACCUAAACUGAUUUAGAUUCGGGUUAACUUGCAUUUUUAUCUCAGAGGAAAAAAACCUACUGAUCAGAUCACAAUCAUAUAUCCAAAGAAAAAUACACCACCUAACAUUAUGAUAGAAAACUAGAGCCACAAUAAAACCACACCUGUACAUGGAUCACAAUCAGCAUCAACAAUAUCAAGGAACAGUUACCACAGACACAUUAAGUAAAAAGGGUAAAACUGUACCCUCAGAUCAGGUUUAGACUGAUUAAAAUUACUGAAAUGCCAUGAAGUUUAAAAAGAAAAAUACAUUUACAUAGCUUUUAUCCACGGUCAAGAAUCCUAGUAUUUUCUGGUGUUCAAAAAAACUCAUGGGAAACAAGUGACAUUUUAUUUCACUAACAGUAAAUUAAUAUAGAUGGCUCAACAUGUUUUCAAUUCACAGGGCUGUAAGAAUCUGGACAUGAGAAGCAUGUCGUUUAGCUAGUCAUUUUUACUAUUUUUGUGUAAGUUAACAGAGUUGUUUUGAAAAAUAAUUUUAACACACUCAAUUUAAUUUACCUACUAACAAAAACCGAUCAAUUAUGCUUCACUCCUGAUAAAUGUCUAAAUGGUCAAAAAACAAAAAAAAAAAUCAGUAGUUAACUAAAUUUAGAACACUUGGCUUUUUAAUGGGUCACAUAAUAAUUAACACUUAUUGACUAUUAAUUAGAGUCAUGGGUCUACAUUCCCUAACUCAUUUAAUCCUAACAAAAUUCUAUGAUUACCACUGUCAUUCUGAUUUUACAAAUGAGGACAAUGACCCACAGAGAUGAAACCAAACUAAAGUUCACUAGUAGGUGAAGCCGGUAUUCAAAACCAGAGCUUAUACUUUAACAACCAUCUAUACACAAUAAAUAACCUACUUUACUUAAACGUCAGCCCCCUUACACAAAUUGAUAUAUGUAAAAAUACGCAGGAAAAUAUGGCAAAUAUAGCUCACUGGAAUAAUCAAAAUUUUGCUCUCAGACUGAUAAUUUAUUACUUAAAUGACAAGAAGCUGAAUAUUCCCAAUAAGUUUCUUUAUCUAAUAUUCUUUUUAGACUUUCUGGAGCUUCUUUUACUCUUUUCCUAAGCACGUACACAUAAUCAAUCACCUUACUACUAAGCCAUGGAUUUAAAAACCAAAAAGUAUAACUAAAAAAAGAUUAUAAUAAUCAUCUUUAAGUCAUCAAAUAUUCAUCUCAAUUACUGAAAAGGGAUGAAAAUUUCAAACCAUCUAAAUAUCCAACAAUACAUUCCUACAAAAGAAUUCUAUGAAACCAUAAAAAAGGUCCCAAAAGACGACUGAGAAUGGGACAAAAGACAAACUUGUUCGCGAUCAGGUGAAAACACAACACAAAACAAGAUGAUCACAAUUCACAAAAUAUGUAUGUGCAUCUGUACACACGGGAAAAAAAUGAAAGAACAUAAAGAACAUUAUGCGGUUUUCCCACUUUCUAAUUUUUUAUUUUUUCUAAAGUUUUUACAAUAAAACACUUGUUUUUCAAAUACAAUAACUGAUUUUUAAAAGGCAUAAAAACAAGACAUUAUAAUAAGCAAACACAACUGUCCGAUGAAACUAUUAAAAUUUUCAGAAAAUUAUAUUCCUCUGGUCUUUUCUUAUCAUCUAAAAUCACUAACACAUGACAAAAUUUUAAACAGCGAUGAAAUAAGUGAGCGUAUAGAUUUCCUACUUAAACAAAAUAUCCUACAAAAAAAUAAUCUUAGCGAUACUAUAUACCGUUGCCCCAAUAAACCUAUGUUAAUUUCAGCACCUAAUUUACAACUGCGUUUUCAAAUUCAUGCUAUUACUCUAAACUUUCAAAAUAUAACGAGCAAAAACACUUGAACUCGGAAUAUUUACGUUACAUGAAGCAAAAAUACUAAAAGACAACCACGUAACAUCAUGACCCACACCAUUUUCCUCGUCAGUAAACAACUAUUUCUUUGGAAAUCUCUUCCCAUUCAAAUUUUGAAACCAAGGGUAAACUAUGUAAGGUCUAACGCAACGGCAAAAGUAGCGUGUUGAUGAUACAUGUCAACUGGGGCAGAAGCAGCAACAACAAAAAAAUUAAAUUAGACGUCAACAGAAACCUACUUUCCAACCGAAAUUGUUAGUGAAAAUACUCUUCCGUCCUCACCUCGAAUAUUGUGUCAAAGUACCUAACAUUAAUUUGAGCUUUCACUUCAGUUUCUAAUCCAUUAGGAAUGCUGUCUGGUGGAAGCCACAGGACCCUAGGGCCCAAAUAAUCUAAUUAAAGGAUCCCGACCCCCAAAGUGAUCUCAAGCUUGCCAAUAAUAAAGCGGAUUUAAGAUUACUCAAGAAACGGCCGUUAGAGACCCUUUCCGGUCAGAGGCACCGGCCGGCGAAAUCCGCGGAGGCGGAGAGGGGGAGGGGAAACGCGGCGGCGGAGGAGGAGCUGAGGCAGGAACUAGGCCCGUCCCUGGUGGACAACCAGGCCUACGAGUAGCUAAAAGCUUUUAUUUUCCUUUGGAAUUCCUGCUUUGCAGACAGAGCAAUGGCAGCCCGCGUACUUGUAAUUGGCGGUGGCGGAAGGGAACAUACACUGGCUUGGAAACUUGCACAGUCUAAUCGUGUCAAACAUGUGUUGGUUGCCCCGGGCAAUGCAGGCACUGCCUGCUUGGAAAAGAUUUCAAAUACUGCCAUCUCGAUAAGUGAUCACACUGCCCUUGCUCAGUUCUGCAAAGAUGAGAACAUUGAAUUCGUAGUUGUUGGACCAGAGGCACCUCUGGCUGCUGGAAUUGUUGGGAACCUGACCUCUGCAGGAGUGCGAUGCUUUGGUCCCACAGCAGAAGCAGCUCAGUUAGAGUCCAGCAAGAGAUUUGCCAAAGAGUUUAUGGACCGACACGGAAUCCCGACCGCACGGUGGAGAGCUUUCACCAGACCUGAGGAGGCCUGCAGCUUCAUUAUGAGUGCAGACUUCCCUGCUUUGGUUGUGAAGGCCAGUGGUCUUGCAGCUGGGAAAGGGGUGAUUGUUGCAAAGAGCACAGAAGAAGCCUGCAGGGCUGUACAGGAGAUCAUGCAGGAGAAAGCUUAUGGAGCAGCUGGAGAAACAAUUGUCAUUGAAGAACUUCUUGAAGGAGAAGAGGUUUCUUGUCUGUGCUUCACUGAUGGCAAGACCGUGGCCCCCAUGCCCCCAGCACAAGACCAUAAACGAUUGCUGGAGGGCGAUCACGGCCCCAACACAGGGGGAAUGGGAGCCUAUUGUCCGGCACCUCAGGUUUCGAAGGAUUUGCUGCUGAAAAUAAAAAAUACAGUUCUUCAGAGGACAGUGGAUGGCAUGCAGCAGGAGGGUAUGCCAUACACAGGUGUCCUCUAUGCUGGUAUAAUGCUGACCAAGGAUGGCCCAAAAGUUCUGGAGUUUAAUUGCCGUUUCGGUGAUCCAGAGUGCCAAGUGAUCCUCCCGCUGCUUAAAAGUGAUCUUUAUGAAGUGAUUCAGUCUACCUUUGAUGGCCUGCUCCACACAUCUCUGCCUGUCUGGCUGGAAAACCGCACCGCCCUAACUGUUGUGAUGGCAAGUAAGGGCUACCCAGGAGAUUACACCAAGGGUGUGGAGAUAACAGGCUUUCCUGAGGCUCAAGCUUUAGGACUGGAGGUGUUCCACGCAGGCACCGCCCUGAAAGAUGGCAAAGUGGUGACUAGUGGGGGUAGAGUCCUUUCGGUAACAGCCAUCCAGGAAAAUCUCAUUUCAGCCCUUGAAGAAGCCAAGAAAGGACUAGCUGCUAUAAAAUUUGAGGGAGCCAUUUACAGGAAGGACAUUGGCUCUCGUGCCAUAGCUUAUCUCCAACAGCCCAGGGGCCUGACUUACAAGAAAUCUGGGGUAGACAUUGCAGCUGGAAAUAUGCUGGUCAAGAAAAUUAAACCUUUAGCAAAAGCUACCUCCAGACCAGGCUGUGAUGUUGAUCUUGGAGGUUUUGCUGGUCUUUUUGAUUUGAAAGCAGCUGGUUUCAAAGAUCCUCUUCUGGCCUGUGGAACAGAUGGUGUGGGGACUAAACUGAAGAUUGCCCAGCAGUGUAAUAGACAUGAUACCAUUGGCCAAGAUUUGGUUGCAAUGUGUGUAAAUGACAUUCUGGCCCAAGGGGCAGAGCCCCUCUUCUUCCUUGAUUACUUUUCCUGUGGAAAACUUGACCUCGAUACAACUGAAGCUGUUGUUGCUGGAAUUGCCAGAGCCUGUGGGAAAGCUGGAUGUGCUCUCCUUGGAGGUGAAACUGCAGAAAUGCCUGACAUGUAUCCUCCUGGAGAGUAUGACCUGGCCGGUUUUGCCGUCGGUGCCAUGGAGCGGGAUCAGAAACUCCCUCACCUGGAAAGAAUCACCGAAGGGGAUGUUGUUAUUGGAAUAGCUUCAUCUGGUCUUCACAGCAAUGGAUUUAGCCUUGUGAGGAAAAUUGUAGCAAAAUCUUCCCUCCAGUACUCCUCUCCAGCACCUGAUGGCUGUGGUGACCAGACCUUAGGGGACUUACUUCUGACUCCAACGAGAAUCUACAGCCAUUCGCUAUUACCUGUCCUACGUUCAGGACAUGUCAAGGUCUUUGCCCAUAUUACUGGUGGAGGAUUGCUAGAAAACAUCCCCAGAGUCCUUCCUGAGAAAUUUGGAGUGGAUUUAGAUGCCCAGACCUGGAGGAUCCCCAGGAUCUUCUCGUGGUUACAGCAAGAAGGACACCUCUCUGAGGAAGAGAUGGCCAGAACAUUUAACUGUGGGGUUGGGGCCGUCCUCGUGGUGUCAAAGGAUAGGACAGAGCAGAUUCUGAGGGAUAUCAAGCAGCACAGCGAAGAAGCCUGGGUGAUUGGCAAGGUGGUUGCGUGUCCUGAAGGUUCUCCUCGUGUGAAAGUCAAGCAUCUGAUUGAAACCAUGCAAGCAAAUGGAUCAGUAUUGGAGAAUGGCACUCUGAAAAAUCAUUUCUCUGUCCAACCAAAAAAGGCAAGAGUGGCUGUCUUAAUAUCUGGAACAGGAUCAAACCUCCAAGCCCUCAUAGACAAUACUAGGGAGCCAAGUAGCUGUGCACACAUUGUUGUUGUUAUCUCCAACAAAGCUGCAGUGGCUGGCUUAGAUAAAGCAGAAAGAGCCGGAAUUCCCACCAGAGUAAUCAAUCAUAAAUUAUAUAAAAGUCGUGUAGAAUUUGACACUGCAAUUGACCAAGUCCUUGAAGAGUUCUCCACAGACAUAGUCUGUCUUGCAGGAUUCAUGAGAAUUUUAUCUGGCCCCUUUGUCAGAAAAUGGAAUGGGAAAAUGCUCAACAUCCAUCCAUCCUUGCUGCCGUCUUUUAAGGGUUCAAAUGCACAUGAGCAAGUCCUAGAAGCCGGGGUCACAGUCACUGGGUGUACUGUGCACUUUGUAGCUGAAGAUGUAGAUGCUGGACAGAUUAUCUUACAAGAAGCUGUUCCAGUGAAGAGGGGCGACACCAUUACAACUCUGUCUGAAAGAGUGAAAUUAGCAGAGCACAAACUAUUUCCCGCAGCCCUCCAGCUGGUAGCCAGUGGAACUGUACAGCUUGGAGAAAAUGGCAAGAUUCGUUGGGUCACAGAGUAGUGAAGUCUCCCCCGUUCGGGGCUAGAGCCAGUUCUGAAAGAAGUCUGGCUAUCUGCAUUAUCAUGGACUCAGCCCAGAAGAACAACUGCUAAAAAAGAAUUCCUCACCCGCGCCUCUGGCCUUUUUUUUUUUUUUUAAUGAACAGAGAUUCGUUGAAAACAAGCCUGGUGCAGCAUGUCUGGGGCAUACGUGUGUCACCUCCAGCGGUCUUUUAGGGUUUACCUGUUCCGGACCUUCUUGAUCAUAAUUAAGCUGGUCGUUCAGAAUCCCUUUUACUUUCAGCCAAACAAGAUACCAAAACUUUUAGUCUCUCUUCUUUUUCUGACAAAUACCACCUCCAUUUUUUGUAGUUAUAUGUUCUCUAGUUUUUGAAGAGUUAACCAACAAGGCUAUUAAGUUAAUAUCUCUUCCCCAUAUUGUAUAUCUGUACUGGUUUGAAUUGAGACUGAUCUACUCUAAUUACGCUGAUCAUAAUGUAGUGUCAUAAAAUGUGUGUGUAACUCCCACUUCUGAGGGAUGGUGUACUUUGUGCUUUGAAAUAUCAUUAAACAUCCUAGUUAUUGACA